AUACCAGCCCUAGAGAGGAAUAUAAAAUGGGAGGAGACAGCUCUCACACACAGUCUCAUUCUAAGAUUCCUGGAGGCAGGAUCACCAUUUUGGACUGAGGCAGAAGUAAGAGCCAGUGACUGGCUGCUUUGCUUUUCUGACCUUCAGGUUGAACCCCAAUUUCUGACUCUGGGAUUGUAUUAAUCAUGCUUCAUUCACUCCAGCUAGUAACCCAAAUAAAAACUCAGUAGUUCAACAAGUUGGACCCUGGAGCAGCCGUUCCUCCAGUCUGCUAUCCUUCCCGUCUGGGGUUAAUGCACAGUGGUUGAGUCACUCUGGAGCAUAAGAAGACAUCAGUGCUCAGUUCAGGAGGUGAGCACUAGAGACGGAGAGGACCUCAGUUCUGAACCCGCCAGAAGCAAAGAUGGAGCAAGCCAGCCUCGCCAUGAAAACACCCAGCAGUGUCAUCAAAUGCCGGGCAGCUGUUGCCUGGACAACCAAUGCCCCCCUUUCCAUUGAGGAGGUUGAAGUUGAUCCACCAAAGGCCGGUGAGGUCCGAAUUAAGAUUUUAUACUCCGGGGUCUGUGGUACUGAUAACCACAUCCUGGAAGGGAAAGACAAAAUGCCACUUCCUAUCAUCCUGGGCCAUGAGGGAGCUGGGCUUGUGGAGAGUGUCGGACAAGGCGUAACUACUGUAAAGCCAGGAGAUAAAGUUUUAAUGCUUCCGCUUCCAGAAUGUAGAAAAUGCAUCUACUGCCUCCACCCGAAGGGCAACCUCUGUGAGAAAGAGAAUAUUCUCUCUCCGACGGGAUUAAUGUUGGAUGGAACCAGCAGAUUUACCUGCAGAGGGAAGAAAAUCUAUCAUCUUUACGGGACCAGCACCUUCACGGAGUACACCGUGGUAGAUGAAAUCGCCGUGGUGACGAUCGAUGCUGCUGCUCCCAUGGACAAAGUCUGUAUCAUGAGCUGUGAGGUGCCGACAGGCUUUGGAGCUGUGUUUAAUACAGCGCAGGUCACCCCUGGCUCCACCUGCGUGGUUUUUGGACUCGGAGGGAUCGGCUCAGCCAUUGUCAUGGCCUGCAAAGCUUCUGGUGCUUCUAGAAUCAUCGGGGUUGACAUCAAUGAGAAGAAGUUUCGCCGGGCAAGAGCCUUGGGUGUCACUGAUUGUCUCAACCCUAGAAAGCUCCAGAAGCCAGUCCAGGAGGUGGUGAUGGAAAUGACAGGUGUGGGUGUUGACUUUGCCUUUGAGGCCAUCGGCCUCAUUGAAACCAUGGUCUCAGCGUUGAAGUCCUGCAAUAUGAGCUACGGAGUGUGUGUGAUUAUGGGAGUUGCUCCAACAGGUUCACAGCUCUCCUUUGACCCAAUGGUGCUUCUCCCAGGGAGAACCUUGAAAUCUUCUAUUAUGGGAGGGUAUAAAACCAGAGACGACAUCCCUAAACUAGUGACAGACUACGUACAAAAGAAAAUCAACAUAGACGCUCUUAUAACCCAUAAGCUGCCUUUUGAAAAAGUCAACAAAGCAUUCAAAUUGUUGCGAGAGGAAAACUGCAUCCGCUGUGUUCUCUCGCUCUAAGAUCCUGACAAUGUGCUACACUAGCAUCCUCAGCAGGGUUCUUUGGUGCUUCUUUACCUUCUUGAAGAUCAAAAUCGGAAAGACACACAUAUGCAAUGUUAACAAAUUAAACUGUUAAAGAAAGUUAACUAUUUUUCUCCGUUCCCUUCUGCCCCUUUCUCCUACCCUCUCCCAUACUGUGGAAUAAUCUUUUUUGUAUACUGUGAAGAUGUGUUGUUCUCAUUGCUUCAAUAAAGAGCUAAAUGACCAAUAGGUAGGCAUGAAGAAGUUAAACAGGAGAACCAGCCUGGGACAACAUUGGGAGGAAGAAGAGAGGGGUCACCAAGAGACCUGGAGAAAAGUGAGGAAGCCAGGCAAAUAUCAUGACAGGUCCCAAAUACCUCAGUUAAAAAUUAGGCCCCAGUCCUUGCUUCUUGCAACUGAGCAGGCUGUUUCUGAGGAAGUCAUGAACAAAGGAUAAUCGAUCUUUAAGACCGCAACAGCAGCUCAAGGUAUUCUAGGCCUGAGCCAGCACCCCACCUCCACCACCACAAAGCUCCACGGCAGCCAAGGAAGAACACAGCCUGGAACUUGUCCUGGCCUGCCCCCAAAUAGAAAAGCUACAGCCUUAGCAAGCCUUUCCUAGCCUUAGCCAAUUAGAAAUAUACUAACAUAAUUGCCACUCACUUAAGCCAAUCAUAGAUAAAAUUACCUAACUGCCCUAGGAACUCCCCGUAGCUGCGCCUAAAAGAAGCCUUCAUGUCCCUCUCAGGGUGGUCACCAUUUUGUACAGGUGAGCAACCCCACAUGCACGUGCUAUUAAU